ACACUAAAGGACUGAUUUUGCAGGACUUUGCAAUGAUGUUUGGAGUAGAGACUGCUUCCAGGUUCCUGGAAAAAUGGAACACCAGUUUUAAAGAUAAGGUUGCCAGGGAAGCCAGAGACCUUAAAGAGACUUGUCUUCUGAAAAGAUUGCUGAAAUCUGCCUUGAACGAAGAAAUGGAUGAUGCUGAUGAGCCAGAGUGGGACAGCGACAUGGCUUCUCUUCUUGUUCUGCUGCACCUUCUCACGCCACAACCAGCUGGAAGGAAACGGCCAAAGAAGAUGAGUGUUGGAGAGGCAAUAGAUCAUCUGGUUAAAUUUCACAAGUCCUGCCAGAGCCUUGAGGAUCACCUCAUGAACAAUGAAGGAAACCCUCAGCCAUAUCUCCUGGCCACAGGGACUUCAAAAGCACAGGUUUUCAGCUUCUACAUAGUCUUGGAUCGAAAGCUUCUUCCAUGUCAGUCAUGCACAUCAUUGGGUGCAUUUGAUGAGUUGUUCAAGUGUCACUUCGUUUUCAGUGUGAAAUAUGAAGACGCUCUGUCCAGCCUGUACACAUUUUUGCAAACCACUGUGUACAAUAUUGAUGUAGGCACAACAGUGGAAAGUCCAAGAGUCAAAGAGUUGCGAGCAAAGCUGUUGAAUAAGUAGUAACCAGGUUAUGCAUUCAAAAUGUUGACCUGUUUUCUCUGUGCGUUAUCCUUUGGUACAGCUUUACUUUUGUUCAGACAUUUAAAACUAGUUCAUGGAAUGUAUCCUGGCAAAAAUUUGAAACUAAAAUGUGGUCAGAUAGGAUGUUGUUUACAAUUCUCAAGUUAUUCUGGAUUUAGAAGACAUCUGAAUAAGAUACAUGCUACUGUUAGCACAUGUGUUCCUCAUGAAACCCCUUCUGACCAUGAUACCCAACAGUUUAGUAGUUCUCAGUGCUUAAAUGAGGAAACACCAUCCACAUCAUCUCAGUGCCAAAAUUCUGAAGCAGGCCCUUCAUUCUCAAAUCAGAGCAAGGACAUGUGUGCCUCCAUUAUUGCCAGACUUUUAGGAAGUGGUGUACCAAAUACUGUAGUUCUUUCUACAGUUCAGAACUUAGAGGAAUUUGUGGGAGAUUGGCAAUCUAAUAUUCAGGAACAAUUAUUGACCCUAUUACCGAAUGACAGUCCCUCCAGAUCAGCCGUAGCAGAUUUAUUUUAAAAUUUGGACAAUCCUUUUAGUCACUUGAAUUCUGAAAGCAAAUGUAAAAAAUAUUUCAGAGAUAAGUGGGAAAUGGUACAGCCAGUUGAAUUGCACCUUGGAGUAAGAUACGAUACUAGACGAUGUAGCAAAACUGGAACCUAUGAGCAAGUCCCAGUAAAUGACAAAUUCAUAUAUAU